AAAGUAGUUUAUGUGGUUGACGGGUCUUUUUACUACAAAAAAUGGAUAGAUUUGUUGACAGUUGUUGCUGACAGACAGCGUUGACGUUGGAAAACGUUAGAUAGAGUUUAGCAAUUCAGACAGACAUGGAGGCAGAUGCGCUGAAAAGUGGUGGUGGCAGCAAUGCAUCCAAUCCUGUUCUCUAUUCUUUCAGCCAAAGCUCUUGCUCAUGGCGUAUCCGCUUUGCUUUAUGCCUCAAAGGGAUCCCAUAUGAGUGCAAAGAAGUGGAUCUUUCAAAAGGAGAGCAGUACAGUCCAGAGUUCGAGAAAUUGAACCCUCUGCACUAUGUUCCAGUAUUAGUUGAUGAUAAUGUGGUGGUUUCAGACUCUUAUGCAAUAUUUUUGCAUUUGGAGGAAAAAUAUGCUCAGAAGCCACUGUUGCCAGUUGAUCCUCAGCUCAGAGCUCUCAAUCUUCAGGUAGCAAGUAUUGUUCACUCUAGUAUACAGCCUCUUCACAUGCUUAAUGUUCUGAAAGAUAUGGAGAAAAUGUUUGGUGCGGAAUCAAAACCAUGGGCCCAAUUUACCAUUGACAAAGGUUUCUCAGCUCUUGAAAAGUUACUGAAGGAUUUUGCUGGUACAUAUGCCACAGGGGAACAUAUCUAUAUGGCUGAUGUAUUUUUGGCCCCACAGAUUACACAGGCGGUUCAGAGGUUUGAUAUUGAUAUGUCCAAAUUUCCUAUCCUGAGUAGAUUGUAUGAAACAUACAAAGCUCUGCCAGAGUUCCAAACCUCAUCACCACAAAGACAACCUGCUGCCUGCAUUCAUAACCCCUGACUACUUGGGUAUCUUCCAUUUUAAUUUUAUUUUAUUUUAUUUUGGGUGUGGCGUUACCAGGCAAAUUAAAUGGUCCUCAUAAGGCCUUGUAUGCAACACUAUUAAUCAAGUGAGAGAAACAAUAAAGCUUGUGAUUGAAAAAGUAGACACUACAAUGCUUUAGUUUUUGUGGUGUUGCAAAAACAAGUAUCUAUCUGCUUUUAUGUAUGCCUGCCGUAUGCCAAAAAACUAAUAUCUUUCUUGCAACA